AUGUCCCAAGACCAGAAGUCACUCAUUAACCCAAAUUCUCAAGGAGCUAGCGUACGCUUGGAUCGGCUCGAGGAGGUAUUAAUGCGCCUGAAAGCCCAGCUCACUGCAGUUACCACUAACGGCCCGCGGCGAACACCAAACCGUCGCCAUACUUCCUCCGUUUCCCACCCCCGCGCUGAUGCCCAACUAACUCUCAUGACAGAUGCUUCCAGCACUGCCGUUGGUGCGUCACUGCAGCAAACUGUUGGUGGUGUUCUACAACCUCUGGCUUUCUUCUCGAAGAAGCUCAGCCCAACAGAGACCCGCUACAGUGUCUUCGGCCUAGAACUGCUCGCCGUCUACCUAUCCAUUCGGCACUUUCGCCAUUUCCUCGAGGGUCGUGAAUUUGUUGUUCUAACAGAUCACAAGCCACUCGUUUUUGCACUGAGGGCCUCUCCCGAUCGAUACUCGCCCCGUGAAAUCCGUCAUCUUAACUUCAUCUCACAGUUUUCCUGCGACAUCCAACACGUCCAUGGUAAGGAAAAUGUGGUUGCUGAUGCUCUAUCAAGAAUCGAGAUGGCUUCCAUCACAACUGACGCCAUAGACUUCACACUCAUGGCUGAGGCUCAGCGAUCGGAUGACGAGCUCUCCCAAUACCGCCACGAGAACUCUUCUUUACGCCUUCAAGAUGUCCCCCUUCCCACUGGCACAGGCACCAUCACGUGUGACCUUUCUACCGGACACGAACGUCCUUUUGUUCCAGCAACUUUACAACGACGAGUGUUCAACGCUCUUCACAAUCUAUCCCACCCUGGAGUUCGGGCGACAGUGAAACUCAUCACUGACCGAUUCGUCUGGCCCAAAAUCAACCGGGAUGUACGGCGUUGGACCCGAUCCUGUCUACCAUGUCAACGAGCCAAAACGCAUCGGCAUACCAUUACUCCGCCAGGUACUUUCGCCACUCCUGAUGCACGCUUCAGUCAUGUGCACAUUGACCUGGUAGGUCCGCUGCCACCAUCUAACGGUUCUACCUACAUGCUGACAUGCAUUGAUCGCUUUACUCGGUGGCCGGUUGCUGCGCCCAUUCCGGACAUCAGUGCUGAAACCGUUGCGAAAGCUUUCUUGACUCAUUGGGUGUCCAAUUUUGGAGUUCCUGCGACUGUCACCACUGACCGCGGAUCCCAAUUCGAGUCCACGCUGUUUUGCGAACUCACUUCCCUUCUCGGUACCAACCGAAUCCGAACAACAGCGUACCACUCUCAAGCAAACGGUCUCGUCGAACGUUUCCAUCGACAGUUCAAGACUUCCCUUAUGGCCCAGCCUGAUCCUUCCCGAUGGUCUGAUCACCUUCCCCUGGUGCUGUUGUCCCUCCGUUCCACUCUCAAGGCCGACAUCGGUUGCACUGCAACUGAUCUUGUCUACGGAACCUCCCUACGACUGCCCGGUGAGUUAGUAUCUCCCUCAAACAUGCUAACGUUUUUCGAACCUUCCAGUUAUGUGGAGCAGUGCGUAGUGUCAUGCGCAAACUCCGCGCAACGCCCCCUCGGGCGUCACAGGCCAAUUCCUUCAUCCCUUCCGACCUGGAUAAGUGCGAUUUCGUCUUGGUUCGGCAUGACGCUGUCCGACGACCACUCCAACCACCCUAUGACGGGCCGUAUAAAGUCCUUCGUCGAUCUGACAAAGAUGUUGUCAUCGCCCGCAACGGCAAGACCGACGCAGUCAGCAUUGAUCGCGUCAAGCCGGCCUACAUCGACGACAGUGACCAUCCCUCACUCCAACACUGUACUCCGCCUCAGACAGUGCGGCCUCCUCACCCUACUGGCGACAGUCCCCCUCCGGUUCGCCACACACGAUCUGGUCGUCACGUCCACUGGCCCGACAGGUUUGUUGCUGGCUAG